CCCGUUACUGAGCGGAUUUCUUCUGAUGAUUACCCGGAUGAUGAUAACUCAGAUAAUGAUUUAUUUACAAAUGAUACAGAUAAGAAUUUCCAUUUCAGAGAAAUUGAAACCAACUUUCUCUCGGAUUCGGAAGUAAACAAAAAAUAUUGUAAAAAAGAAACAAAUUGCAGAUUUUUAUUCAUGUAUUACCAUUCAGGACAAGAAUCAAAAGCCAAUAUACACUUAAAAACAUUCUCUUAUAUAGCCGGUAUCCUCGACCGGACUAUGGUUUUGACAAAUGUUGGACGUUCACGUAUUGAAUCGUGUAAUCAACUUCCCUUCAAAUUUUACUAUAAUUUAAAUGCGUUACGAAAACUUUUUCCAAACGUUAAUUUUAUCUCUCAGUGGGAAUUUGAAAGUUGGUCUCGAAAUAGAUUUGAAAAACCAAGCAUUCAACAUUUACACUUUUCUCAUGGUGAUUCAUUAAUUCCGCUAUUAGAACAUGUCGAUCCAAUUAUUGAACCAGUAACACACGUCAAUUGUUUUAAUAAGUUUGAUAUAAAAUUUGACGACUCAACUAUAUUCCAACGAAUUUUAAUCAAUUCUGAAAUUUUAUCACAAGUUAAUGAUGGGAAUGAUUCAUCAACUUUAUUGAUUAAGAAUUUAAUGAAUUCAAAUGCAGAAGUUUUGUUGAUAAAAGAUGAUAUUGGCAAAGAAAUACUUACUCAAACGUAUUCUGCUAUACCAUAUGCAAAUCAUAUUAUUCAAGAAGCAUUGAGAAUUAAAGUUGCGCUGAAAUCGUAUGUUGCUGUAUAUUGGGAUUUUGUUGGAAUAGAUACAGAAAAUUUACCAAAGUGCGCAGAACAGCUCAAGGAUACUUUGCAAUACAUUCACGAAAUUCAUGGAAUUCAUAAUGUUUAUUUAUCAACAAAUUAUCCAAUAUCUAUAGAGUCUAAUGAUUCAUCUUCACAAUUAACCAAAUAUUACAAUCAGGCCAUGUCAGUUUUAAAUUCAACAACGAAUGUUAAUAUUAGUUCUUGGGUAACAUUUGAUACAUUUGGUAAGCUUAGAGAUAAAAUGGGUAAUGAAGAUGAGUUUAGAGCAACUGAUGGUGUUCAACAGAUAUUAGAUCGAAUUGUUUGUAUAGAUGCUGAUUAUUUCCUGAGUGGACCAUCUGAGUGCUGCGAGCAAUUAAACGCUUUUAUAAAAACGGUCUUUAAUGCUCGAAGUGAACUAUAUAAAUCUAAUCCAAGUAUUCAAAAUAUUAUUUCACGAUGGUGA